AUGAAAUGUGUGAUAGAAUCCAACGAUACGUGUCGUCGCUGUCGUCGCUCUGGUCUUCCUUGUAUCUUUGUCCCCCGAGCUAACGCCGCCACCCUACCAGACGGGAUCAUGGCUACACGAGACGGUGAUUUUAAGGAUGAUGUCCUUCGUAGGCUCCGCAUCAUUGAGGAUAGGCUGGGUCUUUCCGGUGCAUCGAGACCCGCAGUGGAGUCACCACCUUCCCACAAUGAAGACAUUUCGCCGGACUUUAGUGGUUUGGGUGCGCUAUGGGAUGCAGUUGUGAUCCUUGAGAGGACGGCCCCCAGUUGGAUUCCGGGUUCCGUCUGGCGCAAGAGUACCGUCAAGGGCCUUUGGUUAUCAUUUCAUGAUCGCAUGCCUGGUCUCCAUUUUAUGCCUCGCAAGCAGACCUUCUCAGCACCCCAGCCUUUACUCGUGGCGUCGAUUCUGUUCUGCUCUAGCGUGCGUGGCCCACCGGAUGUCGCCGAGCAGGCGUCACACUAUUUAUCGGUGGUCUGCCACGCGAUCGCGCAGUUGAGUAUUCCAGGUAGUGAGGUGGGAAAGGUGCCCGGAGACCCCGAAGAGUGGGCAUUUCAGACCGUGCUCGGCUUGGUCCUAGCAGGACUCCUCACAGAGGCGGUUCAUCGAGAAACUGGAAUUUGGAUCUCGAUUGCUUACCGCCUCAUCUUGGAAAAUUGCCCCGCCCACAUCGAUGAGACCUCCCGGGAAUGGCGCAAGCUGUUCAGUGGGUUGCAGAUCAUUGAUUUGGAACAUGCCUCGCUUCAUCUAUCCUGUCCCAUCAUUCCGAUCGAGUGUCCGCUGCUCGGGUUACAGACGUCCAACCGGGAUCAGCUGUACCGACUCUCUCGGAUGAUGCAUACGGGACUGACACAUUUCACCGGGAGGGGUCUACCUACCAUUUGGUCGUGCUUUACAGGUCAAAUGCCGGGUCCGGGAAGUUCGACGAGCAACUUCACCGCCGUUGACGCGGCGGUAAUCCGGGACUGGGCCCGGCAGUUGGAUGAAUGGUUGGUCGAGUUCAGCCAUAGUGCGGAGGGCUCGGAGCAGGAUCUUAAGCUAGUCUUUCGCCAAUACGUGCUACACAGAUUGGUCGUUCUGUCGAUCUAUCAUCCGGCUAGGGGCUGUGAUCUCUGGUCCAACAGUACCACGCCACAAGAGCAACAGGAGCUACUUCUAUCGGCGAGAGCCACACUCAAAUUGCACUCACACGAUGACUCAAUUUGGUCCAAUUGGGACCAAGUCAUGAUCACCUGGGCGGCGCUGAUUGUGAUACAAGGUAUCGAAGGAGGUGCUGGCGAGCCAGACGAUCUUCUCGGCAUACGAAUCCACCUGGAAAAGCUCAAGCAGGUGAUGGGACUCGGCGACAAACUCGUUGCCCGCUUGGAAGCAAGUCUCACUAAUGUCCACACGCCAGUCGGGCCACAGGACGGCGCCGCGGAUACCGGGAUAAUGGGCCCUGCGGACCAAUCCUGGCAAAUCUUUGACCAAGCUAGCUUGCAGUCGAUGAUGUAUUCGAACUGGAUGGCCUAA